GCGGCAACCGGAGAGGGUUUUUUUGGCGGAGCCCCAAUUAGGUCUUGGGGCUUUGGUUGGGAUUUUCGGCGAUUUAGGAGAAGAGUUAAGUUUGGCAUUUGGGGUUUUGGAAGAAAUCCAGAUCGAGAUUAGGGCUGAAUUUGAUAUCAGGAACAAGAUAGAGUUUGCUGUUCUUGGAGAGGAUCGUUGGAUUCUGUAAAGGCUUGUGAUUCUUGAAGAUGUCGGUGGUCCAGGAGCAACUAGAGAUCAAGUUUAGGUUACCUGAUGGAUCGGAUAUCGGCCCCAAAAAGUAUACGGAAGCUACAACUGUUUCCACUUUGAAAGAGAGCAUUCUUGCCGAAUGGCCCAAAGAGUUGGAGAAUGGCCCGAAGACAAUAAACGAUCUUAAGUUGAUAAACGCCGGAAAGAUAUUAGAGAACAACAAAACACUGGCCGAGUGCAGAAGCGCAAUAUGUGAUCUCACUGGUGUCACAACCAUGCAUGUUGUUGUGAAGCCCCCUUCGCAGGACCGAGGAAUUGAAAAAGAUGAUGGGAACAAUUCCAAAGGAAACAGAUGUCGAUGUACUAUUUUAUGAUUCUCUGAACAAAAUGAAACUUUUGCAUUAGUUAUUCAUUUAUUUUUCCUGUGUCAUUUUGUUGUGCCAUGGAUACUGUUUCCUGCUGCAUUUUGUUGCAUGUUGCUUACAGUGCUAAGUACAGUGUCAGACCUGCUAUUUUACUCUUG